AUGGACAGACGGGUGGCUCCCUCACCUCCACCUGUAAUGCAGGGGGGAGUUGACUCUCCUGUGAAUCCCGAGGCAGCCACACCACCCCCAGACACCUAGGCCCAAGCCAGAUGGGAAGCUCGAGUGAAUCUGCUGGGUGAGGGGGGAAAUCUACAAGCUGCUGGGAAGACUGCGACGCGCAAGUCGGCCCCUUGCUCACCCCAGCCGGCCCGAGCAAGCCGGGUGGAGGGCAGGGGCGAGAUGACGGACCGAAGUUCCCCUGGACAAAGAUGCUGCGCGCAGCUCUUCCUAAAGAGCAGGGGCGGCUCGAAGCGAACCCCUGCGCCUCAAAAGUUGGUCUCUCCGGGAGGCCCGGGGACGCGGCGCCGGGGCCGGGCCAACUUACCUGGCGCGCAGCCCGGAGGGCGGACGGGGCUUAGCCGGCGGGGUCAGUCCCGCCCGCGGCGGCAGUUUGGCCAUGGGCGCGGCCGGGCCUCGCUGGCAGUGCCUCGUCGGAUGCUGAAGGCUGAACUCUGUCUCCUCUGUGAGCCCAUGCUCUCGAGCAAUGAGGACGAGCUACGCUGGCUGCGCUUGGCUGAGCAGGAGUAUUCUCUGCAGCACACCAGGGAGCAGGACUUUGAGAUGAACAGCCGAGCCCUUUGCAUCCUCACCAAAGACGACUUCCCACUCCGCUCCCUGGCCUGCCCUCCCGCCCCACCCGCAGCUGACGUUCUGUAUGAGUUGCUCCAGUACAUCAAGACCCAGCGGCAAGCCAUAGCACGUGGGCCCUUUUUCAGAAGGGCUUGCAGGCAGAGGGUGCCCACUCAGCCCUUCCCCUGCUGCCUGGAAGCCACACCAGCCUCCCUGCUCAUUGAACAAGCCAGAGACAUCCCUGCCUCAGGGCCUUUGCACUUACUAGGGGAUCGGGGCCUCCUGCAGCAGCCACCAGCCCUGGGGCUUGCCAGCUCCUUGAGCCAUGUGGAUGCCCCUGGCCUGGCCAGCUGGCCCCUCAGCAGGCAGGAGUCCCUCAGUUCAUCUCACUGUGUGGAGCUCAGCUGCAGGGCUGAGGGAGUCUCCUCCUUCCCCACGAUGCCACAGGCCCCCACUGAUGGCAGGAUCACUGCCUGCCAGCUGCUGUGGGAUUACAAGUAUCAGCUGCUCUCUGACACCAGGUACGAGCCCUACAUCAAGUGGGAAGACAAUAAUGCCAAGAUCUUCUGAGUAGUGGAUCCAAAUGGGCUUGCCAGAUUCUGGGGAAACCACAAGAAGCGGGUGAACGUGACCUAUGAGAAGAUGUCGCAUGUCUUGUGCCCCUACCAUAAUCUGAACAUCAUUAAGAAGGAACUCGGGCAGAAACUCCUGUUCAGAUUUCUGAAGACACCCAGGAAGAUCAAUCAGGACAAGGGCAGCAGCAGGGAGCUUCUGGAGAGCCAGGAGCAGGACAGGGUGGACUUCAAGGAGGAGAUGCUGGAAGUCUCUCUGUGA